AUGGACAUGAAUACAUAGACUAAAAUUCUUGAGGCAGUCUUGACAAAGCCUGAGAACAAAACUUGUGCUGAUUGCAACAUGAAGAAUCCAAAAUGGGCCUCAAUUACUUUUGGAACUUUUGUCUGCUUAAGAUGCUCAGGAAUGCACAGAUAACUAUAAGUUCAUAUAACAAAGAUAAAAUCAGUUAACCUUGAUAAAUGGCAACCUGAAGUUGUUGAGUUAUACAAAUACAUCAAUAACUAUAUUGCUAAUUCAUACUGGGAGUAAAGACUACCUUAGGGAUAUAACAAGUUAACGAUUGAUUCUAGUCCUUCUGAGGUUGAAUCAUUUAUUAAGGACAAAUAUGUUAAUAAGAGGUGGGUAAAUACUGCUAUGUCUGAAGACCCUGCUAAAUUAUACUAUAGAUCAAGAGAUGAAUUUGAAUAAUAUGCGAGAAGGUUAUAUGGAUCUGAAGAAACUAUUGCUACUGUAAAUAAAGACGACAAAAACUAAAGUACAGAUGCUUAGAAAAAAUAGAAUGUCCAAAUUAAGACAUAGCAGAAUUAGAAUUAAAAUUAAAAUAGCAGUGAUAGAAAAGAUUAGCAAGCGAUUAACUAGAUGAGCCAUCAUAGCUAAUCUAACACAUAGUUAGAUAUUGGAGAUUUAAUAAAUCUUGAUGCUCCUAGCAAACCAUCUCAUUCUUAGUCGAAUCAAAAUAUACUCAAUUUCAGUAAUCAAAUGAACUAGCCCCAAUAAUUUAUUCAAUCUAAUAACUUCAAUUAAAUGAACCAAGCAGGUAUUAUAAUCAAAUGGGUAACAAUCAUAAGUUAAUAUGUUUUCUGGAUUGAAUAUGAGUCAGUAACCUUAAAGAAUAAUAUGAAUUUAUUGAUCUAGCAGUAGAUGAUGAAAAACUAAAUGCAGCAGCAAUAUCAGUUCCAACAAAAUCCUUAAUAGUAUUCCUUCAAUUAAGGAAAUAUGAUGAUGAUGAACAUACCCAAAUGA